GAUAAUGUUGAUAAUGAAUAAUGAAUAAUGAUUAGUGUUGGACUUUAAUAGUGAAAAUAAUCAAAUAGGAUCAUAACGAUAUAACGAUUAACGAUUUACUACCCGUACAUUUUUUGUUUUAGAUUAUUUAAUUUCGUUAUUCCGAUUCUUUUCUUGUUCCGAAGAACUGUCCGACAGAGUUAUUCAAUUCGACGAUAUGCUAGGCAGACUUCCACCAUGCGUCAUCGAUGUGGGGACUGGGUAUACAAAGUUGGGAUUUGCUCCCAACAAAGAGCCACAGAUGAUAAUACCAUCGGCGAUUGCCAUCAAGGAGUCGGCUAAGGUUGGUGAUCAGACGGUUCGACGGCUUACAAAGGGCGUGGAAGAUUUGGAUUUCUACAUAGGAGAUGAGGCAUUUGAUGCCAAGGGCUAUUCCAUUAAAUACCCAGUGAGGCAUGGUUUGGUCGAAGACUGGGAUCUGAUGGAAAGGUUUUUAGAACACUGUAUUUUUAAAUAUUUAAGAGCUGAGCCUGAAGAUCAUCAUUUUUUACUAACCGAACCACCAUUAAAUACACCAGAAAACCGUGAAUAUACUGCUGAAAUAAUGUUUGAAACAUUCAAUGUUCCCGGUCUUUAUAUUGCUGUACAAGCUGUAUUGGCAUUGUCUGCUUCCUGGAAAUCACGGCCUCUUCAUGAACGUAUACUGACGGGUCUUGUAGUGGAUAGUGGUGAUGGUGUAACCCAUAUAAUUCCAGUAGCUGAAGGCUACGUAAUUGGUAGUUGUAUCAAACACAUACCAAUAGCUGGUCGUAAUAUAACAUAUUUUAUUCAGUCAUUGUUGAGAGAAAGAGAAAUUGGUAUUCCACCAGAACAAAGUUUAGAGACAGCUAAAGCAAUUAAAGAGCGUUAUUCCUAUAUAUGUCCAGAUAUUGCUAAAGAAUUUGCCAAGUAUGAUUCAGAACCAUCAAAAUGGUUAAGAAAAUAUGAUGGAAUCAACAGUGUGACUAAGCAACCUUUUUCUGUAGAUGUUGGAUAUGAACGGUUUUUGGGACCAGAAAUUUUCUUCCAUCCUGAAUUUUCAAAUCCUGAUUUUACCACUCCUAUAUCCGAAAUGGUUGACACAGUUAUACAAAAUUGUCCAAUUGAUGUGCGUCGUCCAUUGUAUGAUAAUAUUGUUCUAUCUGGAGGUUCAACUAUGUUUAAAGACUUUGGUAGACGUCUUCAGAGGGACAUCAAACGUGUGGUUGAUGCUAGAUUGAAACGUAGUGAAACAAUAGCCGGAGAUAAUUUAAAACCAAAACCUAUUGAUGUUCAAGUGUAUACUCACAAUAUGCAAAGAUAUGCUGUUUGGUUUGGCGGUAGUAUGUUAGCUUCUUCACCCGAGUUCUAUACAGUGUGCCAUUCGAAAAAAGAUUACGAAGAAUAUGGGCCGAGUAUAUGUCGACAUAAUCCCGUUUUUGGGACAAUGAUGUAGCCCUUCUUCAUGACUGGGUCACAAUAUUUUAAAUUUAUAAAAAAAAAUCAUAUAUUAUUAAUUAUUAUUUAUUUAUAUAUUUAUAUAUAUACAUUUAAUUUUUUUUACUUAUUACAAAUAAAAUAUUAUUAAAAUUUACUUAUAAUUAUUUUCAAUUUAUGUUCACUCAGUAAUUUAAUAUCGGUGCUCGAUACUAAUUUUGUAUUUUUUUUUGUAUUGUUAUUUACAACGAUCAUAAUAUAGGCUACAAUAUUGCCAAUUUAUGGAAUUUAGGAUAAAAUGUGCAUACAGAAUUUAACAUUGGAUAUUCAUGUACAUGUAAAAAUUUCUCUUCCAAAUAACGAUUCCUUUGUUGAAAUAAAUUAUGGAUAUUAUUAAUUUA